UCUCACCCCAACCCCAACACCAUAUCCAUAUCCAUAUCCUCAUACAUCCACCAUGUCCACAUCCAGCCCCUACACGGGCCCAAUCUUCGACGUGCAAGCCCACGCCAUCAAACCGAGCACCUACUCGACCGUCGCGACGAGCAUCCGCACAAACAAGAACCUAGAGGGGAAGCCCGACGGCAAACGCUCGGCCGCACGGGCAUCCAAGUCGUGACGAUCAACGCUUUCUUCCCGCCGUCUCUCCCCGCGGAAACCCUCCUCCGGAUCAUGGACGACACGAACGAAUGGAUGGCCGCGAGAACAGCGACAGAUCCCCAACUCAUCGGCAUCGCGUCCAUGCCCCCCGCCCCCGUGCUCGCCGCAGCCGCAACACCCCCAACGGCACAUGCUACACGCAGCAAGCCCUCACCAGUCUCCGGCGCGCAAUCACCGACCUCGGCCUAAAGGGCCUCAUGUUCGCAUCCAACUACAACGGGGUCUUCCUCGGCGACGCCUCCUACGACCCCUACUUCGCACUAGCGGAGGAACUCAACAUUCCCGUCAUCAUCCACCCGGCCGUCGAACCCGUCGAGACGCCACACAUCGCCCGCAAAAACAUCCCCACCUACUCCGGCUUCCUGAACGACCAGCGAACCACCCUCCUCGACCUCGUCCUCUCCGGCCUGUACGAGAAAUUCCCCUCCCUCACCAUCAUCGCCACCCACCUCGGCGGCGGCAUCCUGUCCAGUCUGGGCCGGUUCGGGGCCCUCUCGAAGCGGUUCCCCGCGGACGCCUUCUUCGUCGAUUCGCACGGCGUGAAGAGGGCCCUUCCCAGGCCGAUCCCGGAGUAUAUAUCCCGGAUGUAUUUUGAUUGUAACAAUGCAGACGUAGCGGAUAUUCGCCAUGCCGGGGAGGUGGUCGGUUACGAUCAUCUGCUUAGUGGGACGGAUUUCCCCUGGACGGAUGAUGGGUUCACCCGCCAGGUGUUGGGGUUGGUGGAUGAGCGGGUGAGGGCGGAUUUGGCGUAUAAUAAUGCGGCGAGGAUUUUUGGGUAUCCGGUUCUUUGAGGAUGGAUGCGGAUGCUACUUCUGACCGGGUUGGGUGGAUAUAGUUUGGUUGAUAUGAAGUGGAGUGGAAUGGAGUGGAAUGGAAAUGAUACCCCAGGUUAAAGAGGGAAUGUAUGAGUUGAUAG